UAUCUAGAGUAAAAUUUGAGCCGAAGGUUCUGCAGAUUGUCAACAAGAUACAUGAUGCAACGUUGUGUUGAAUUCUGCUGAUGAUUCCUAGUAGAAUACUGAAUUAAAAUGAGUCAAGAUAAUAAUAUUGACGACCAAAAAGAGCAUCCAAGAAAUUUGAUUCCAGAAUUAUGCAGGCUGUUUUACAACUUAGGAUGGGUGACUGGGACUGGUGGAGGCAUUAGUAUGCGGCUUGGAUCUGAAAUCUACAUUGCACCAUCAGGUGUCCAGAAGGAACGUAUCCAACCUGAGGAUAUGUUUGUGCAAGAUAUUGAUAAUGUAGAUAUCUCAUUACCUCCUCCAGCAAAGAAACUGAAGAAAAGUCAAUGUACACCGCUGUUUAUGAAUGCCUACACGAUGAGAGGAGCAGGUGCCGUGAUUCACACCCACUCAAAAAUGGCGGUGAUGGCUACCAUCAUCUACCCUGGAAAAGAGUUCCGAAUUACUUAUCAGGAAAUGAUCAAGGGGAUCAAAAAAUGCACCAGUGGGGGAUAUUACAGAUAUGAUGAUGAACUUGUGGUACCAAUAAUUGAGAAUACACCUGAAGAGUGUGACUUGAAGGAGCGUAUGGCAAGAGCAAUGGUUGAGUACCCUGACUCAUGUGCAGUGCUUGUCAGGAGGCAUGGUGUGUAUGUGUGGGGUGAAACUUGGCAGAAAGCCAAAACGAUGUGUGAGUGUUAUGAUUACCUUUUCGAGAUUGCAGUACAAAUGAAACAAUGUGGAUUUGAUCCUGCAAAAAGGCCAGAAAGUGAAAAUGGAAUUAUUUAAGAUGAUUCUUUUUCAAUUUUAAAUUUAACCCCUCCUUUGAGACAUCCCUAUUAAUCAACAUCCACAUGCAGGAGAUCUGUUUAAUUGAGCUUUAUAAUAUCGUGAAUUUGCGAGAGAUAGUUUACUUUCCGGGAGAUUCGCGGGUGUGCGGGAGGCCUUCCCAACUUCUAGGAGACUACUGUGACUUCUGUGAGACUUGGAACCCCUGACUCCCUCAAAACUAUAGUUUAAUCAAAUAUAAUUUCAUGUUGUAAUGUUAUUCUUAAGGGGCGUAAAUUUCAUAACUGAAAGGAAAAGAUGUUAUAAAAAUGCUCAUUAACAGAAUAUCAUGUAACAGGUCUGGAAUUGUGUAAUAUAUAGUAGCAUGAGCGUAUGCAAUUUCCUUUUACACUUGAACACAUUAUGCUAUGAUUACAAUUUAUACAACGAGCUAUGGUAACAUACAUACACAAGAAGUCUAUUCCCUGGUGGAUAUGUAACGAUGUAGAUAUAAACAUGUCACAGUGUAUCUAUCUAUAUUUUGAAAACUUAAUAAAGCUGUAAUGAUAGCUAUCAAAAUACAUUUGAAAUUUGAUUACUCUACAAAAUUUGUUUACUUUAAUGUCUGUAAAAUUAGUUAUGGUAUGUUGAAAUGAAAUGUAUAUUAUUUUAAAUACGAAAAAUUUAAAUUUAAAGAUAAACAGUUUGAUUCGAGAUCAUAUAAACAAUACAUUUCAGUAUUUGGAUUAAUUUGUAUGUUCAUUUAAGUAACCAUAUUAACUUUCAGUUAGAACAAAUCAUUUUUUUUUUUGUAAAUGAAUGCGUACAUUUUAAUGCACAGGUACCAUAUUUAUUCAAAUAAACGGCUGGGGCGUUUAUUGUCUAGAAAGGUUUUUGUGUUUUUUUUUUUGUUUUUUGUUUUUUGUUUUGGUGGUAGGGCGUUUAUUCGAGGGAGGCGUUUAUUUCCUUUUUAAUGUUUUUGUGUAAAAUGGAUAUGUAUGUACUCAAAUAAACACCCCUUAAUUUCACUGUAAUCUACCUUCAAAAUUUUGUUAUUGCGUGAUGAUAAAGACUUAAUUAAUUCCAACCAGGUUAGAAAAAAUGUAAUACUAAUGGAGUAUAACAUUAAUAUGUAUUAACUGGUAUUAAGAACGAUGUAGCUUUCAUCAGUUUUGUUUACAGUUAUUUAGAGGGAGUUUAUUCAAGGGAAAUUCCAAAUGAGUUUCUGGAGGGGCGUUUACUUGAGUGGGCGUUUAUUUAAAGUGGGGUCUUAUUCGAAUAAAUCCUUAACUAAACCACUACUUUUUAUAUAUAAAAAAGAAACCCUCUAACAUUCAAUUAAAAAAAUUAAUUCUUGGUUUAAAAGGAUUAAGUGUAUUAACUUCCAAUAAGAGAUUGAAAACCCCUAUUUUAUGUGACAAAUUAUUAAAAAAAUAGAAGCUAAGGAUACAAAUAAAUUAUUAUGUCCGUUUUGUACAGAUCGUGUGAGCAGAAUA